AUGCCUGAGGUUACAAAGUUGCACCCUGUGCCUGAUGUUUUUGUCCCGGUGAUGAGAUUUAAGUUCAAUGGGGUGUCCAUAGAUCUUCUUUAUGCAAAAUUGUCGCAUUUGAGUUUCUACAUUGCAUUAAGGCCUCAACCUCAAGUAUGGGUCAAUGAUGGGCUUGCUCAUCCGGCUAGCAUUGGGCUAGAUUCCUCCAUCCUCGAAACCUUCCCUAUAUUUAAAUACUCCGAGGUGGCGGCCCUUAGGGAUGAUACCGACCCACUAGAGUGCUCGGUGUGCCUGAGCCCAUUCGAGGCAGACGAAAUGCUGCGUUUGCUGCCAAAGUGCAACCACAUUUUUCAUGUUACUUGCUUGGAACCUUGGCUUAAGGAUCACAAUACAUGUCCUCUUUGUCGGGCGUAUCUUGUGCCGGAACCUAGUGAGUUGACUUUGGUGGAUGUGGGAGGGGUUUAUGAGUUGGGAUGCGAGGUGGAAAAUCAUAAUGUCUUCGAGGUGAGGCCGGAGAGGGACGUCGAGGAGGGGCUGUUUGGGAAGCAUAAGAGGUGGAAUUCAACGGGACAUGUCGCCGUAGUUGAUCUAGUGGAGAUGAAGAGUUGGGAAAGAUUCACGUUAAGGCUACCGGAGGAGGAUGUAGGGAAACAUGGAGUGAGAACAAGCGAAUUUAGAAGAACUAGGAGUUCUUUAUAGAUAUGCAUGUAUGUGUUGGAUUUUUUUUUGAAGAUGCAUAACUUGUUUGUGUUUUAGCUUUGAAAUAUGUUGGAUUUUUUUUGAAGAUGCAUAACGUGUUUUUGCUUAGAAUUCUCUUAAUAUUUUCAUUGGAUUGUACAAAGGAACAAUUAUUGAAAUCUAUUGAUAAUAAUGUUUAGGCGAGCAUAGUUAGUUAAUUUCCUAGUGAACAGUUGAUUGAGCAUAAAACCAAUCUUGUGUCAUUAUAGGCUACCAGAGUGAAAUUGACAUCAAACUAAUUCAUAAUUGAGUCAAGCAACUUUUUUUCCCCUACCAUUUAAUGGUUUUAU